CUAAAUAUUGGAAAAAGUCCAAAGCAGAAAUCUCCAAAGUAAAAGUUCCAAACUACAAAAUAAGUUACAUAAUAGAACAAAGUCACUUAACAAAGUUGAAAGGAUCAGUAUUUGAUCAGCAAUGAGUGGAUCCAGUUAAUAAGUAAUAUCUAAAUAGUUAUCAUUAUUAUAUCAAUAAUAAUCCAUUCUCUCCGAGAUCUGUUCUAAAGGAAUAAAUACAGGGAUAUUCUUAUCAAGUGUUUGACUUCCUCUGGAAGAAUAGCACUUGAGCGCAGAAGCCGUGACCCUCUGUUUCUUGAAUCAGUCAGGUCAGGUCAGGAGUAAUCUCUUAAAAACUAUGAGUUCAAGUUUAAAUAAAUCUUCUUCGAUUGGCUGUGAGAAGAUUUUACCAUCGGAAGAUCAGCAAGCAAAGGUAAACGAAGUGAGAAAGUCGAUAGGCCCAUUGCCAGAUAAGUUAUCCAUAUAUUGUUCCGAUGCAUCGAUAUGCCGAUAUUUGAGGGCAAGAAAUUGGAAUGUGAAGAAGGCAACUAAAAUGCUGAAAGAUACCUUGAAAUGGAGGUCAGAGUACAAGCCAGAGGAGAUUCGCUGGGAAGAGGUAGCUCACGAAGCAGAGACAGGCAAAAUUUACAGAUCAAAUUACAUUGACAAGCAUGGGAGAACAGUUCUUGUCAUGAGGCCUAGUUUUGAGAACUCAAAGUCAACUAAAGGACAAAUUAGGUAUUUGGUUUAUUGCAUGGAGAAUGCUAUCUUGAAUCUUCCACAAGACCAGGAACAGAUGGUUUGGCUGAUUGACUUUCAAGGUUUCAAUCUGUCUCAUAUUUCAGUAAAAGUGACGCGCGAAACUGCCCAUGUUUUGCAAGACCACUAUCCAGAACGCCUAGGUCUUGCCAUACUAUAUAAUCCACCAAAGUUCUUUGAACCAUUCUGGACGUUAGUAAAGCCUUUUUUGGAGCCAAAAACUCGCAACAAAGUCAAGUUUGUGUACUCAGAUGAACUUAACACCAAGAAGAUAAUGGAGGAUCACUUUGAUAUGGAUCGACUGGAGUCUGCAUUCGGUGGAAAUGAUAAUACAGGUUUCGAUAUACAAAAAUAUGCAGAGAGAAUGAAAGAGGAUGACAAAAGGAUGCCUGCUUUCUGGACUAGAGGAUAUCCUCCAGCAACCUCAGAACCAGUCCUGAAAGAUGAUGCCCCAUCUUUGGAUUCUAUCAUUAAGUUAGAAGAUGAUGCAGAUUCCAACGAGAGGAGAAAUGGUUCCCUUUCUCAAGGGAUGGGAUUGGAAGGGGUGCUCCCCAAUCACAUUAUGCUCACUGUUGACACUAGCAGAAAUUCUACAGAAGAGGUGCACUAAGGAAGGCAGGCUAAGUAAUAACAAAUUUCCAGGUGUAGUCCUACUUCCAUUUAUGGUUACUUGGCCGGGUAGAAGUAGUCUUACUGACCUCUGUCAUUCCUCCAUUUAGAUACUUGAAAUCCAUAAGGGCUUUAUUUUUCAAACUUGUUAAGUUGUCAAAUGGUGUUGUAACACCAUGGACAUUCACUAAAUUCAGCUUAUUUUCAUGCCAUGUGACUUAUUCUAAUGGCUCAAAAUAGGAGAUUAGGGCUUGUACCAAAUAACAUCUCCGAUUUGUUGAAAUGGGCUUGACACAAGACAUUUAUAGGGAUGACACAACACAUUAUGACAUGAUUAGUAAUUUAGUAUGGAUUAACAAGA